GCGGAACUGGUUUGACCUGCGGGUGUUUAUUUGUGCGACGACGCGUUUAUGAGAUUGAAUAACCGUGAACGUGAACUUUAAUCUCUUUGUCACUCAAAUUCUGCACGUUCAUUUAAAGGAAGCUGUCAGCAAUACAUUGCAGACUGCAAAGCUUGCUAGGAAAGCACCUUUUAUUCUGGACAGGGCCUGCAUAGUGUACUACAGGCAUGCAUAAGCGCGCAGUCCUUCGGCAAGUUCGCCUCCUAUCGGAGGCUCGGUUGUCACGUGACUCCAGGCUGCAGGCAGCGUCGCUGAAAGUUCACAACUUCUGUAUCGAAGCAGCUGUUGGUCGUGCCGCAUCAACGAUGGCUGAAAGAACGGUAACGCUUGACAAUAUGAACCCUCACCUCAUAACCAUGGAGUAUGCCGUUCGCGGUCCCAUCGUUAUACGGGCAGGAGAAAUCGAAAAGGAGCUCCAAGCAGGCAAGAAGUUCAAUUUCACUGAAGUGAUACGAGCCAACAUAGGUGAUUGCCAUGCAAUGGGUCAAGUGCCAUUGACCUUCUUUCGCCAGGUCAUAGCAGCGUGUGCAAAACCUGAUUUGAUGAACGGGGACUUGUUUCCAGCUGAUGUAAAGUCAAGAGCUCAACAUAUUCUGGAGGGUUGUGGAGGAAAAAGCGUAGGUGCCUACAGUGAUAGUGCAGGUGUCGAAAUCAUUCGGAAACAUGUUGCCGAGUACAUAAGUGAGCGUGAUGGCGUGAAUGCAAAAUAUGAAGAUGUGCUUCUGUCAACUGGUGCCAGCGAGUCUGUUCGGUCUGUGCUGAACUUGCUUAAUGUGCAUAAGGAUGGAAAACCGUCUGGAGUCAUGAUUCCAAUCCCCCAGUAUCCCCUCUACUCUGCAACCCUUGCAGAGUAUGGUAUACAUCAGAUAAACUAUUACUUGGAUGAAGAGAAUGACUGGGCAUUGAGCAUCCGAGAACUUGAAAGAUCUCUCAGUGAAGCGAAAAAAGUUUGCAAUCCCCGUGGCCUGGUUGUAAUCAAUCCUGGAAACCCUACGGGGUCAGUCUUGACAGAGCAGAAUAUCAAACAAGUUGUUGAGUUCGCUUAUAAGCACAAGCUUUUCCUUAUGGCUGAUGAGGUGUAUCAGCACAACAUAUAUGCUGAAGGGGCUGCAUUCCACAGUUUUCGCAAGAUAAUGCACAACAUGGGUCCCCCUUACUCUGACAUGGAACUUGCUUCAUUUAUGUCUGCUUCAAAAGGCUACAUGGGAGAGUGUGGAUUACGUGGUGGCUACGUAGAGCUGAUCAAUCUUGAUCCAGCUGUGAAGCGUGUUCUGUUGAAGUCGGUUUCUGCCAAAUUGUGUUCCUUCGUUUUGGGCCAAUCUGCCAUAGACUGUGUUGUCAACCCUCCAAAACCAGGUGAACCAUCGUAUGACCUGUUCAUAAAGGAGAAAACAGCAGUCCUGGAUUCUUUGAAGAAGAGGGCACAACUUGUUGCUGACACAUUCAACUCAUUUGAGGGGUUUCGCUGCAACAAAGUAGCUGGGGCCAUGUAUGCAUUCCCAAAGUUCACGCUACCCCAAAAAGCCAUUGAGGAGGCAAAGGCUGCUGGCCAAGCACCAGACUUCUUUUAUGUACUGCAGCUACUUGAGAACACUGGUGUGUGUGUUGUUCCUGGAAGCGGCUUUGGGCAGAUACCAGGCACUUAUCAUUUUAGGACCACUAUUUUGCCCCCCUUGGAGAAGCUCCAGGUGAUGCUUACAUAUUUCAAGGACUUCCACCAGAAGUUCAUGAACAAGUACAAAUGAGUGCUGCAUUCACAAGCGAUGCGUUUCCAGAGUUCUUGCGCCCUAUUCAUUGGGGCUGCCAAAAAUUACCUAUACCACGUGCUUUCGCUCGAACUGUGAGACUGGCUAUAAUUGUGUGUUUCAUUUUCAAUGUUUAGGAUGUCUGGUCGUCAAAAGACAAUAAUAUGUGUAAGUGUUCUGCACAUAGGUGCAACUGAUUUUUGUUCUACUUUUGUCAUAAGCUUUGAAGUGCCAUUAUAGUAGGUAUAAGUUGCUGAAAAUUGUUUUUCUUUUUACUGCUCUUAAGAUGUCCCUUUCGCAUUAUUCUGCUAAUAUUAAGCCAUAAUAAGUGAUAGUCAUACAUUGUCGACAUAAGAUAUCAUUGCUGUCUGUUUUAUGCAUAUACUGUAGCAAGUUCUGGAACUUAAUUUUAACUUUACAGCUACAAACAUUGUGGAAGAGUGCAGCAAUACACUGUGAUGUUUCCUGUUGGGAAUUAGUGUAUAGCGCUGUACAAAGAUGUUUCCCUUAAAGGGCAGCGUGUAAACUGGUCUAGUAUUGAACCUUUUAACAUGGUUCUGAAAGCAUUCAUUUUUUACUUUUUGUAAAAUGUGGGUGUAAAUUAGCACUUCAGUGCUGAGUUUAAGUGGCAAUAAACAUGGAACUCCUAGAUUAUGCAUAUUUUCCCUGCAAAAGCCUUUUUUGUUUUAAAUACCUUACAAUGAUUAUUUCAUACUGGUUUAGACUGUUUGCGUUGUUUAGCCCUGCUCCUUCAAAAAAUGGGAAUUGUGACUAUGAUAGUAGAACUCCUCUACUGAAACCCCUGCAACAUGACAUUUUCAUGCUGUGAAUUUGCCGUUGUUGGAUUAUUAUAUGUACUCCCUGUGUCAUCCACUGGCUCAAGCUGAGAUAGAUUAAAUUUGCUAAGUUUAUAUGUAGCAGAAGUAUCUUCUUGCAACCAUAUGUUUUGUUCAAGCAUUGUACAAAUUAUAUUAUGUUAAAGUUCUUUAGCUGCACCUGUUUCAUAUAUUGAACACACUGCAUGUCAUCCCUGUAAGAUGUUUUUCCUGAGCACACUUCCAUUGAUGAAGCUGUGAUUGCUACUCAUGCACAGAUUGGUCAUGUGACUUCAGACAAGCACCAUUAGCCACAUGUAACAGUAACGUAACUAAUUGGGCUAGUUGAUGUUGAAGCAUCUUGCGUGAAAGCGCGAAGCAAUUUAGAAUUGCUUCGCGAGACAAGAACAUGUAUUUGUGUACGUGUCUCGUUCUAAAUUGCUUUGUGCUCACACAAGAUCCUUAGCCACAUGCAGGCCAAGAGAUCAUAGAAAACCUUGAAGGAUGAAACAAAUCUGCAUAUGGCACUUUCAAGCAAUUUGCGCAUUAGGAAGUUGUACAUUGUGGGGUGCAAUUCCAAGUGCCUGCACAAGCUAAUGUGUAAAAACCAUAUCACCCACUGCUGGGCAAGCCAGCCAAUUGGUCUGGUCCUGCCAUGGUCACAAGACAUGGUCAGACAUAUUAAAGUUUGUUGCCAUGAAAUGGUAUGAUGAAUGAACGCUAAUGAACUAUCUUUUCGGGUCUCCUUUGGCUGGCAUCAUACUGAGUUUAGGAGAUGCAUGCUUGCUUGUAUGCAUAGUGGAAGCCUACCUUAUUUUAUUUUGUGCAUUCGUUUGCAAUAACGGUUCAAAAAUCACACAAAUUGCAUAGUGUUGCUCUUGCCAUGCCUUUUAAAAUGCUGGCUUGAUUGUUGAAUGGUGCACAGAAAUUUAGUGUUGCAUAUAUACUCUCAAUCUUAGGAGUGGUGAGUACUGCUGCUCAGCAAUGUUGGCUGUUGUAGAAUAGCAGCCCAGGGUGUUCCCUAAUGUAGCAUACUGCUGCAUUUUAAAGAGCAGCAGCUGUACCUGACUGGCCAAGACUUAUCUGCCUCAUUCAGAUGCAUAAUAAUUUCAUGUUUCCGUUAGCAUAUGCAGUGUGGUUAUUAAAUGAUGUGAGGGUUUGUGUAAACAAGGCAAAUUAUCUGUGUAUAGAUGUGCAAGUGCAUCAGUGAACACUUGUUCAGUUGUCUUUUUUAUGCAUGAGGAGCACCUACCUCGUUGGUGUUGACAGCAGGCUAUUCAUUUGUUUUUCUUUUCUGUGUAGCUUCAACAGCAUGUUCAGUUUGGUGACCUGAAUAGUUUUUUUUUUUUUUUUUCUACCGUUAUGUGUCUUUUAUCGUAUGUGGGCAGCUUAUCUUGGCUGUUGUAGCAUUGCAUGCUGUAACCUCCGGUUAAUAGUUCCAAGCAAUAUUGGUAUUCGUGUAUAAAUUGCAUGUUUAGGUAGAUGGACUGGGUUGUUGGGUUUACUUCAUGUACAAUAAAAAGAAUGUGAAUGUCUG